GCGCGUUCAAACAAACAAACAAACAAAGUCUGCAGCAUUAUAAUAUUGGUAUAGAUAAAAAGAAAAAAAUACAUACAACAUGCAAAUACUCGGGGACUACCUUUGUCAGAUUUUCUGUGCUUGGAAAAGUGUCAUCGCCAUCAACCAAAACAAUCAUCUCCAAGUUUGUAGCCUACAAGGAACGAUAUUACAUAUCGUUGCAUACAAGCGAUACGAUCCGCUUGUAUGCUACAAACGGAUUAUACAUAUAAAGAGCGAUUAUGUUUGUGGUAAUUUGUCGUGGUAUAUACUCUAAGGUUACAAGUGACUCUUUUGUUUAAAAAAUUCACGUGAUUUGUAAUUUAUUUAGUUUAUUACAAUACAAUCGUCCGUGGAUACAAUACCAAAAUUUUAAAUAAAAAAUACUGUCAUCUAGUAGUACAGUUUAGAACUAUCAUAGCAUUAAAUAAACUAAGUGGUUCACAGGUUGUCGCCGUUCCUCUGCUUCAGAUAGAUGGCGGUAUUAGUUUUGUCUUUAGAAUAUAAGAGAAAGACAAAAAAUGUUACAGAAAAGCAAAAUUAAUAAGUGAGAAAGAGAUAACAGGAGUAUUGUGAUAAUGUAAACGUCAUCCAUUUUAUCUGUCACAGUUUCACAAAAAUUGACAUGAGUUAGUGAAUUUUUUCUUUGUAUUGGUUUAUACUGUUCUGUCGUGUUCGUGUUUAAAAUAUGGCUAGCGAUUUAUAUAACGAAAAUUAUGAUGUUUCGGCAAUAUUUUUUGAUUUGGACAAUACAUUAAUACAAACCAGGAAAGCUGACACGAGGACGUGCAAUAAGCUAGUGGAGGUAUUGCAACAAGAAUACGGCUUGCCCCAAGACGCAGCGGUGGAGAGUGCCACCGCAUUCCUGAGAGCCUUCCGAGCGCGGCCUGACGAUGACUCCUUCGGUCUGGAUGAGUGGCCUGCCCACCUGUGGCGCAAUUCCCUGCCAAAGAACUACAGACAUAUCGCCAAAAAUAUAUCAGCCGAAUGGUUAAAUUUGAGAUUUAAGAAUUUGGCUCUUACAAAUGAUGUGAUCCACCUACUAGAAACGUUGCGGGAGGAUUACCUUCUCGGUCUGAUCACGAACGGGCCCUCGCGAGCCCAGUGGCAGAAGAUCGAACGACUGGGCCUCCGCAAGUACUUCGACUGCGUGCUCGUCUCCGGAGACCUGCCUUGGGAGAAACCGGACCAAGAGAUCUUUUUGGAGGCUUGCAAGAUGCUGAGCGUAGAACCUAGAACUUGUAUCAUGGUUGGAGACAAACUGGAAACAGAUAUCAAAGGUGGCAAGGAGGCAGAACUAGGAGGCACAGUGUGGAUUCCACUGCAGAAAGACGAAGAAUCAUCCGACCUACCAGACUUUACAAUUGAAAAAGUAACAGAGCUGCCAGAGGUGUUACCAAACUCUCCUAAGCUAAAGCGAUCGGUUGCUAAAGUUUGUUGAUAAUUGUUAAACUUUAUGUUAAGUUGGACAGUCUCGAUUAGUCUGGAUCUGAAACUUUAUUUUGAUUACAGCAUUACCUUAGAGUAAUUUAAGAUUUAUUUACAUAAUGGUGUCAAUUCUGGCGUGAUUCUCUAAACUUAAAACUUAAUUUAAGGUCAGUCUCACCUUUUCAUUCUGUAUAGAGAAGGACAAGGAUGCACUGUUGUCAAAUUUAAGUUUAGCUUUAGAGAAUCAUGCCAGAAUCGACAUCAAUACUUAGGUAUAAUAAACUUGUUUUUAAUUGUUAUUAAAAAGAAAUAUAUGAUCUUCUUAUUAUCAGUAUUUAGUACAUUUCAUGGGAUCAGUUUAUGUUAUACCUAACUAUAGGUAAAUGUGCCACUUAUUAAUUAGUUACCACUUUGACUUGUUUAAUAUAUGAACAUAAAUAUUUUAUCAGUUAAGUACACCACAGGUUAUCCAUAAUUAAUUUUUUAUACUUCAUAAUAAUUGAUUAGAGAUUUUAUUUACUUAUUGUAAAUACUAAACAAAUGAAUCUCUUUUUGCUUGUACAAAGUUGGAAUUAUUAUUUUUACUUCUAACUGCAUAAACACUACUACAUAUUUUGACAGAAUUGCAACUUUAAGUGAUUGCAAACAAGUAAGUGAUGAGUUAAAAAUGAGAGUUAUGAAUAUGUAAAGUAUUUUUAUAUGAGAUUCAAAAUACCUAUUUUAUGAAUGUGUUAGGUGAUAUGUCAUAUUUUUAUUACUCACAUCUAUGUAUGUAAAUAAGAAAAUAUUAUUGUAUUCUUAGAAAGUAUUGUGGGAGGCUUUCCUUAUUUUUUUUAUUCUGUAGUUUUUCUCAAGACUGUUCAAUGUGAUAUUGAUAUAAGUAGAUUGUAUUGUUGAUCUUCACUAUGCUGAAAAUAAUAUAUUAUUGUAGAGUUCAAAUUCCUAUGAAACACAAUUCCUCAUUGUUUAGCUUUGUAGUUGCAUUUUCUAGGUAUUAUCCAAAAACAUAAGCAGACUGGUCCAUGUAGAAAAAACUUGACAAAAUCACAAAUUAGUUUUCUAGGUAAAGACAAAGUAUUCACUUAUUUUUUAUCAAAUUUAGCUUGGUUCAACUCAUUUUCUUAGAAUAGUGUACUUGGUUUUAGCACUAGUUAUGUGACUAGGUGCCAUAAUGAUUGCCACAUUAGUAUAAAAGAAACUAAUGGUUGUAAUGAAUAUUUUUGAAAUAAAAUAUGAAAAUUAUGAAGUUUUUUACUUCAUUUACACAAUAACAAAAUAUCAGUAUUUUAUAUCAACAACACUAGUUACUAAACCUAUUCUAUAUUAAUAAUCAACCUAGUACAAAAUCAGCACUACGCUGUCCUUAGCAUCUUUGCUUCUCGUUUUUCUUGUAACAGUUUCUUUUGUUCUUCUACUGUUGUUUUUCUUUCCUCCAAAAAUUCAGCAUAUUCCUUGGCAUCCAACUCCUUGACUACUUGUAUUCCACAUGUCCUUGCAGUUGCUAAAAGCAUUACACAUAUUUCCUUCAAAGGCUUCCAUUCAAGUGUUGGAUCUUGCGAUUUGAUUUUAGCUAUUUCAUAUAAGUGCUUCAGUGUUAUCUUUCCACAUAUCUCUUUAACUGGUUCCAUAGCACCUCUAUUAACACCAGCAGCCUGCAUUAGGAAAUAAGAAGCUGGUGGUUGAUGAAUAACAAGUUCAUAUGAGCGAUCAGAAUUUACUUUCACUCUAGUUGGUAGUGGUAUCCCUGGUUUGAUAUUGGCUGUACGUUCAUUGAAAUCUUUACAAAAUGCUGCUAUAUUUAUGUUCCUCUGUCCGAGCAUAGGGCCUAAAGGAGGGCCAGCAGCAGCCAUACCAGCUGGAAUAUUAGUUCUUAACUUUGAGCUAUGAUCUAUUUUUUCAGCCACUUUCUUCAUAGACUUUAACCGAGCGACUGAUUUAGACAUAUUUAGCUGAAAUCAGAGAUUAGCAAGAAAAAUAAAUAAAUAUAACCUCCUCAAAGCCGAUCGGUGAGUGGAAGGGGGAGGGGUGUUUUUUUUAAUAUUCUACCUUUUUAUGGGAAGGCAAGACAAGGAGAGAGGAUUGCAGAUGAUUGCUUUUUUUUUAACGUUCUCCCUUUUUAGGGAACAAUGCCCA